AAUGUUGUCUGCUAUACUUUUUGUUUUUGUGUGAUGCAAGCGUGAAAUUUGAAUUAAAUGAUAUAUGAUUUCUUGAAAAAAAAUAAUCUUGAUUUCUAGAUCUGUCUAGAUGGCAGAUGAUUCAGUUGAGAUACUAAAAAGGCGGCCAGGAGUUGGAAUAGCUGUAUUAGUUAUAAAUAAUUUAUAUCCAAAUUGUGUGAUUUUAGGGAAAAGAAAAGGGAAUAUUGGAGCUGGACUUUAUCAAUUACCUGGAGGGCAUUUAGAGUUUGGUGAAUCUUGGGAAGAUGCUGCAUACAGAGAAGUUUUGGAAGAAACUGGUCUUCAGAUUAAAAAUAUCAAAUAUUUUUAUGCUGUGAAUUCAAUAGUAAAAGAGCAAAAUUACCAUUAUGUAACUGUAUUCAUGAAAGCUGAAGUAGAUGAGCAAGGCAUUUCUGAACCAAUAAAUAUGGAACCUGAUAAAUGUGAAGGUUGGAAGUGGGUGAAGUGGGAUGAAUUGCCUUCAGAAGAUUCUUUAUUUUGGGCCUUGAAAGACUUUCGGAAGCAGCAAAUUAAUCCUUUUUUUAGUUAAAUUUUUCAAAAAUGUAUUAAAUUGUACAGACAAUAAACAUAACCAUUGAUUAUAUAUAUAUGAAUGAACUUCUAAAGGCAUGUUGUGAAAAGAAAAAAAUAAGUACCUAUAUGCAACUUACUUAAAAUAUUUUAUGAAAUUCUUGAAAUUUAAAUGAAUCUUGGAACUUUUAGAAUUAAUUGAUUUGUUUUCAGUUAUAUAAUAGAUGUUCAAGUUGGUUUCCCAUAACACCUGAGGUUUUUCUUUUGAAAUCUUUCAUAUCUAAGAGUGUAAACAUGUGAUUUAUUAGUUUGAAAUAUAUAGCCUUAAUAACUGCAUUUGCUUAUGUAGACAAAUAAACUUGUCCUUGAUUCACAAUGAAACAUUGCAGAUUUUAAUUUUUAUUUAUUAUUGUAUUAAUUAAGAAAGGAAGCUGGCAUUAAUUGGAAACUGUAGUAUUUUUUUAAAUGAUUGUUAUUUUAUAACUCUGAAAUUCAAGCAAAUUUUCUUUAACAUAUUUUUUUUAUUUAGCUAUCACAGAUAAUCAGGUUUUCCAAUUUAGAAAAUAAGAGAGUAUUUAAUACACUUAAUUCUACUUCAUUCAAGUUCUGAUUAUUAUUCUUAAUUUGUGAACUCAUUAUUGCCAUUUUCAUCCAAACUUUCAUUUUUCAAUUCCUACUAUUAGUUCACACUUUCCGUAUAUAUCUUGUUCAAAUUUUCAAUUGUUAAUAAUAUAGUUUUUAUUCAUACACUCAAGUUCGAAUACAUUUUUUAAAACUUGUAGUGGAUGACACUUGACGUUAAUACACUUUUUCAAAUAUUAAUUAAUUAAAUUUGUCCACUAAUUUCUAUUUGGGCGCCAAAUCCGUCGCCAAGCUCUGAUAUUGCAAGGAAAUUCGCUUUUCUAUUUUGCCAUUUAAUAUUGCAAUUCUGUCAUAUGUAUAUACAUAUUUAUAUUAAUCGUAAUUAUUUAAUAAAAAAUAAUUAAAAUAAUAAAAAAAAUGUUAACCCAAAUAGGAAUCAACUUUAUAUAUAUAUAUAUUACUUGUUAUUAAUUAUACAAUUAAUAUUUAAAAGUUCUCAAUUACAUCCAAAUAAUGACUUAAGGCAUUUGAGUUCAUUUUUAUUAUUCUGUCAUAUAAGUAGAUGCACAACUUUAAAUCAUAGGUAUGAUGCAAGAAAUAAAUGGUUGAAUACCUUGAAUUAAUUAUAAGUAUAUUAUUGCCUUUCUUAAAUAAUUAUAAGGCUUAUAAUAAUAAUUAUAUGAAUUUACAAACACUGAUAUUUCAUAUCUGACAUAAAUUCUCCCUUUAGAAUGAUGCUUUUAUUUCUUUCCUUAAAUUCAUAAUUCUAUUUUAUUGAAUAUUUUAUAUAAAAUUUUUGUUUAUAUGAUUUUGUUGAAUAUUUCAUUUUAUAUAUCAUUUCUUA